AUCUCUAACAAGCCUUGCAAAAAGAGGCCUUUCGCUAGUGUUUUCUUUUUUUCCAUUCCACUUUGAAACUUCAUCCGUUAUCGAGGCUAGUAGCGGCAACCAUCGGCGAGCGUACUGGCCAGUGAAUUCGGUGUACGAGGCGUCGUGCACCUUUGUGAACCGUGGAACGAGUGGUGUACGCCAAUCUGUGUGUGUAUGUGUGUGUAGCUCUUUCCGUCACUCGCAUCACCUGCGUGAGCGGAGCGGCGUGGUGGUGAAAUUGGGGGUUGCGUUUGUUGCGCGCGCGUGUGUAUGUGUGCUCGUCGACUUGUCAUGCCGUAGUGUGGCUUCUCCACUAUGAUGGCCGGAGUGUUCGACUUGGAGCUACACGACGCCGAGAAUGACAAGAACGACGAAUCCAGCGACGACGCCAUCGAAGUGGACGAGCAGAGCCUCUCGGUGGAGCCCAAUAUCAACUCAAUAUUAGAGUUGCAGGAUGUGGAGAAGAUUCAGCUGUCCGAGGAUACGGUCAACCCAAACCAGGAGAAGACUGGCCCCAAGGACUUUGAGCUGCUCAAGGUGCUCGGCAAAGGUGGCUACGGAAAGGUUUUCCAAGUCCGAAAGCUCACAGGGAAAGAUGGUGGUCGCAUCUUUGCCAUGAAGGUGCUCAAAAAGGCCACCAUUGUUCGAAAUCAGAAGGACACUGCGCACACAAAGGCUGAACGGAACAUUCUGGAAGUAGUCAAGCACCCAUUCAUAGUGGACCUCAUCUAUGCCUUCCAAACGGAUGGCAAGCUCUACCUCAUUCUGGACUACCUGAGCGGGGGAGAGCUGUUCAUGCACCUAGAGCGUGAGGGCAUAUUCCUGGAAGACACUGCCAGCUUCUAUCUGUCUGAGAUAGUGCUUGCAUUGGAGCACCUUCACCGUGAAGGCAUCAUCUACAGGGACCUCAAACCAGAAAAUGUCCUGCUUGAUGCACAGGGCCACGUGAAGCUGACAGACUUUGGGCUUUGCAAGGAGUCAAUCCAGGACGGUGCCAUGACGCACACGUUUUGUGGGACAAUAGAGUACAUGGCUCCGGAAAUCCUUACAAGGACUGGUCACGCCAAGGCAGUCGACUGGUGGAGUCUAGGUGCUCUCAUGUACGACAUGCUCACAGGAGCGCCUCCCUACACAGCAGAGAACAGGAAAAAGACAAUAGAAAAAAUCCUGCGCUGUCGGCUCAACCUGCCUCCUUACCUGACACCCGAUGCAAGGGAUCUCCUAAGAAAGCUGCUGAGGCGCAAUGUGCUCCAGCGGCUGGGCAGUGGACCUGGCGAUGCACGCGACAUUAAGGUGCACCCCUUCUUCCGGCACGUCAACUGGGAAGAUGUGCUGGCAAGGCGCGUGGAACCCCCCAUCAAGCCACAACUGCUGAGCGACGAGGACGUGUCACAGUUCGACACCAAGUUCACCAAGCAGACACCCAUCGACAGUCCGGACGAUGGAAUGCUUUCGGACAGCGUCAACCAGGUUUUUGUGGGCUUCACAUAUGUGGCCCCCUCUGUGCUAGAGGAGCUCCAUCGGCCCAUGGUGAUCAAGGCACGCUCGCCACGCAAACUCACCAACAGCCCUCGGACCCCUUUCAGCCCAGUGUCAAAGCGUCCCCAGCCACACUUUGGCUUCAGCCCGUCGCCGUUGGUAACGAGUAGCGGGGGAGGCAGCGGCCGGACGAAUGGUGGAGUGGUGCCUUCCCCGCCGGACGAGCAGAUGGACACAACUAGUGGACCGCCCCUGGCCCCCACGGUGGUCAGUGCACCCCCUCCGCGGUCACCGGCCAUCCCGACACGGAGCAAGGUGCCGCCUCCGCCUCGACCCAAGCCAUAAUGCAGCUGCUGUGCUGUGACUGGCUUUUCCUGGCUUCCAAGUCGUCUCCUAAUAGUCUCACGUGCCAAGCUCUCUGGGGACCUGCUGCCAUUCCGGUGGCUCGCUGCAAAAGCAGCAAAAUCUGCGAAAAAGACAGAAAUUGGAUUCUAACAUGUCUGCAGAUCCAGAUGUGGUUGGACACGUGCAACCUCUUCCUUCUGCGAUGCGUCAGAUGAAGGCUGCUGUGCUCGGCAUGUGGACGCACAGGCAGCAAAGCUUCUUGGUUGUUUUGUGCCUGUCGUGCCGUGCAGUGACAUGGCGAACACUCAGUCAAGCCUGAAUGGCAUGCGUGUGGCGUAUGCAUACACCCUCCUUGUGCAGUUCCAGGGCCCUGCCAGACAGAUGUGUAUGGCAGCAGGUGCCAUGUUUUGGCAAUGACCAUCUUGGUUGACAGCCCCUCUGAACUUUCGAAAUAUUGCAACUUCGUUUGUGCUUUCUGUUCGUUUCUGUUGUUGCCUAUCUCGCUGCAAGCUUUAUUUGUACAUGUUUGUGCAUAUGUGUGUGUGUGCUACUGUACGACUUAUCGUUUUUGUUUUGUGCAUAGUAGCUUGUAAAUGUAAAACAAAAUAAUAGAAAAGGCAAGUGUUACUUGCACGUGCUUAUUUGUUUGUAUACUUUACCAAAAGCAGACUAUAUUACUGUGCUUGGAGCUUUAAAUGAGGUGCCCGCAGCAACAAUUUUAUGUGUUCAAAAUUUGCUGUGGCAUAAGCCCUUCCAAAUGGGCAACGUGAGCUUCUACUUUUUCCUGUCAUGGAAUCAUCGUUGUGAGCUCCUUGACUGCGGUGUUCAUCUGUGGACUGCCUUGUUGGCUGCACUGCAAACUUGUUCAACAGCGUCAUUGAACAGUGCGAGGUUCUCUCUGCUGAUUGCCAGACUGUUGCCAAACAGGUGUGUGCCUGCUGCAAAAGCGAGUUUAUUGUACAGCUGCAUCAGCACUGCUGCAGUCAGUGUAGAGUCUCUCUCUUCUCAGCCAAAACACUGCUACAGCGUUGUUCCAGAUAAACAAACAAAACGUUAACUAUGGUGCUCUGAAAUAGUGUCUCACAAUUGCGCAUCUUAUGAAACGCCCAGAAGAAUCCUCGUGGCAGGCGUGCUUAAAUUCUUAUUUUUGUAAGCGCUUUCUGCAAUAACAGAUUUCAGAAUCGUGAACCUCUUACAUGCAUGCUGAUGGUAUGAAAGAUGUCUGCUGGACCUCCCUUUUUUUUUCUUUGGCUCUACCGGUUCUCCGCCUUGAUAGUGCCAUCAGGGGUUGAAUGUCUUCUCGGAAGGGGUGCUGUGUGGUCGUUUGCAUCUCGCCCGGCAUCUUUGAUGGCAGCCAACGACAAACGUAACAGGUGGCCACGGUGUAUUCUGUACCGAGCCGAAAGCUGUUACUCCAACCCAGGCCAGUUGGUGUGCAGACAUCGACCUGAAAAAAAAAAUCAUCAUCAAGUGAAGGUGCCUUAUUGUAAACUGGCAGUCUUGCUUCAGUCUAAAACAGGGGCAGCCAAACGAAUGCAGCUGUGUCACUGCUUAUGCAGGCUAAUAACAAAGCAGUCUUUGCUCGACUACAGACGUGCAUCAUCUCUCUUUGUCUGUUUCGCUUUUUUUUUUUACGUUGUUUCACACAAUGCCUGCAUAUCAAUAGCAAGCAUGCAGUUACUGUCUUCUUCAGCCUGGUGGAUCACUCUCAUGGCUUUGAACCCGUGUUUCACAUCUUGCCAGCUCUGUUCUCGGUGCCUAGCUUCCAGUCUCCUGCUGCACGUUAAGAUGUUAGUGCUUACGUGUAUGUGUUCUCGACACAGGAACGUUAGUGCUGCAGCACUGCAAAAACUGUGCUCGCUAAUCCUGUACGUGUCAGCCGAACUCCAAUUUAACUUUUAUACUGCAAUGCUCUCUGUGGACGUUUGUGGGAAAGAUGUCACAGUUGCACAAGAGUAGUAUUUGCGCAGAGUCCUUUUACUUAUGCUUUCGCUGGCGUGAUGUAUCUAUUUUUCUGCGUUCUUAGCACUUUCACGUAACGAGGCAUAUCCAGUGAACAGUUUUAAACAUGUUUUGUUUGCCCUAAGGCCUUCUGAAUGAAGUCUGAAAUUUUGUGCCAUCAGCACGAUUCUUUUUCUUUUUUUUUUGGAUUUGUGUGUUCCAUUCGUGUUUACAAAAACAGCCAUGUAACCCAGUCUGACCUUGCACGUUGAAUUUGCAAGGAAAAUGCGUUGAAACGAGCUGCACACAGCCUAGACUGACUGUUUGGAGAAUGUGCACCAGACAGUGGUGCCAAAUAGAUGGUGUCGUGCCACACAAUUUGUUCCCUGUGGCAGAGAAAACACUUUUUUGCGGCAGAUCAACUCUUUCACCCUUGAAGAACAAGUGUUAGUGCCUUAUCUCACUGUGUCCAGUGCGUACUACUCAACAAAGAAAUUGUAACAGAAUCGAGAAUCACUGCGCACUAUUUGACCUGAGAGCCCCAAGGUUUUCAAUGAGGAGUCUGUUUCUACUGUAUCUAAUCUGAUUGAAGGUGUUGUGUUUUGCAUGCGUGAUGUCUUGAAAGCUGUAGUUUUUCUUGUGAUCCUCUGAUGUUUAUAAUGUUUACUUCAAUCUAAGAAAACCUUCAGUUCUUAAUGAGCAACUUGGUGAGAAGCCUGUAAUAUCUGGUGCCCAUUGCAGCAUGGUUCAAUUCUGUGGCGGUGUGAAUUGAUUCAAAGGCACUGUAUUGGAUCGUUUUGUUGAGCCAUGACAGUUGUGUUCUUCCGGUUUAUGCAAGCAGAAUUGGGGAAAUUCGGCUAGCUUGCACUAUUCCGUGUGAAUUUUGUUCAUCCCGCGCACACAUCCGUGCACCCAUGAUUUGGCAGCCAUCUCUCUUUGGAAAGAUAUGACGUUGUGAGAAAGAGCCUAUAGGCACUAAGAGAAUGGCAUAUUCUUUCUUUUUUUUGUCAGCAGGGCUGUACACUGCAUGAAGUUGAAUUGUACGGUGCAUCUGGCAAACUGAGGUCAUUUCUGUAAGCUGCAGGUUUUUAAGUUUCACCGGCUAUACCUGAAAUGAACACACGCAACGUAGGUAGGGCCUGGCGCAUUUAUCUUAGCCUAUAGAAGAAGCAUUGCUUGAACUAGUUGAGUUUUUAUUGCUGCUCAAGGAAGGUAACUGGUCUCCAUUGGUUACUUCAGCAAGAGUCAGAACUGGCAAUGUUUGGAAAUGUUGACUGUUGCAUCAGGUGAGAGAAAAGCUGCUCAGUAUCUUGCAGAGGGACCAGUGGAUGCAUUUGUAGAUUGUGGAACAUGUCAAGGUCUAGAAAUGCCUACUUUUUCUGCGGAGAAUAGCAUCUAAGUGCUAUCAUCUUGAGUGCAACAUCGUCUGCACUGCUAUCUCCAAAAGGGCAUUCGAAUACAAGGUAGUGGCAUAGAACACUCCCGUAGCGAUAACUCGCAUUGCCGAAAUAUGUUCUCAGUAAGUUGAGCAAUGUCAUUGUCAAUGGAACUAUUUUACUGAAUUCCAUUUCACCGGAACAGAAGAGAGACAUUUGCUAAUGGAGUGACUCAGAUUUUAUAGAAAUGUCUUGAAUGAGUUGUGCAUCUUGUUCUUUUUUUUUGUUCUUCCUGUUCUUAAGUCAUGUUGCAGCUUUCCGUUGUUAAUGUACGUCGUUUGUUGGGGAAUUCCGGGCAACUGCAGACAAAUCUGUGCAGCUCUUGCAUGAGCAAGGUUGCCAUCCAGUGCCAAGAAGCGGAGCACUAUUCCGGCACUUUUACGAUGGGUGUGUCUGGGUUGGUUGUUAGUGGCACACUGCUAGUCUUGGAAGAAUUGCCAGAAUCUCUCUUGCAGUCUUUAAUGGUAUAAGGGAGAGUCUAGUGAUGAGUGUGUCGCAAGGAGUGUUUAAAGAAUGGCUUUGUGGUCAGCAUAUCUGUGAAUAAGCAGUGCUUGACUGUUGUGUGGUUAGUUAGUUUUAGCACGCAGUGUUGCUCCUCCGCUGCAGAUUUUCCAGGAAAAAAAAGCUGCUUGAUGACAAUGCUGGACAUUUCAGAUAUGUCGGCAGUGCUAGUUGGGGGAAACAUUGCUGUGCAUAACGGUAUGAGUGAUGUUGGAGUGUUGUAAGUUAUGCAAAGGACAGGGUUACUGAACACUUGUACAGUGCGGUGGGUCACUGAAGACUUGUAUAGCGCAGUUGCCAUAUCAAUAUUUCUUUUAUCGUAUUCUGGUUGAUGUGCAAGUGUGUCAUUGCGGGAUAUUGUAAGUAUCAAGUGCUCGUGGUUAUGAAGGAUCCUUCUUGACAGGUGUGAGAGCAAGGUUUGAUGUGAAAGAGUGCCCGUCUCGAGCUUUUCACUGUGCCAGGAGUACUUAGUUUUGCCUGCACUGGCCUCUGAAACAGCUCUGCUUCAACAACAGAAGCA